UCCGUUAGUUCAGUUGAAUUCUGCCAGCUCUCUAGAAAACUCGCACAAAAGAGAGCUAAACCGUUAAAUUAACGUUCCAAAGUUUAGAAAACGCUGAAAAAGUGUUAAAUAUAUAUAACAAAAAUACGUAAUAAUAUAAAGUUGUUGAAUUGAAGCAAACCAAAGUUAAAAAAACAGAAAAAAACCAAAAGAAGUGAUUGAAAAAUCGAAUAUCGAGUUGAUGUGCCGUACUGAAAAUUGAAGACCAGUGACACGAUCGAAACCCUCGGAUAGCGGAGUUAGUUUAGCCCCCCGAAUUUGAGUCCCCGCACGUUGUACACCUGGUUUUUCUCGCUGGCAACGUAGUCGGCCAUUGAGUUGGCCGAUACCAAACGACCUUCAAAACGUUUUGCGUCGAGGCAAUACGCACCAUGGGCUGCGCACAGUCUGCCGAGGAGCGAGCCGCAGCCGCCAGGAGUCGCCUCAUCGAGCGCAAUCUCAAGGAGGACGGCAUACAGGCGGCAAAGGACAUCAAACUCCUGCUGCUGGGUGCCGGUGAGUCGGGCAAGAGCACAAUAGUCAAACAGAUGAAAAUCAUUCACGAGAGCGGCUUCACUGCGGAGGACUUUAAACAAUAUCGACCGGUUGUCUACAGCAACACAAUACAAUCAUUAGUUGCAAUAUUGCGCGCGAUGCCAACCCUAAGUAUUCAGUACAGCAAUAACGAGCGGGAGAGCGAUGCCAAGAUGGUGUUCGACGUGUGCCAACGCAUGCACGACACCGAGCCCUUCUCGGAGGAGCUGCUGGCCGCCAUGAAACGCCUCUGGCAGGACGCCGGUGUCCAGGAGUGCUUCUCGCGCAGCAACGAAUACCAACUAAACGAUUCCGCAAAAUAUUUCCUGGACGAUUUGGAUCGGUUAGGCGCCAAGGAUUACCAGCCAACUGAACAGGAUAUCUUGCGCACUCGCGUCAAGACCACUGGCAUCGUUGAGGUUCACUUCUCCUUCAAAAAUCUCAACUUUAAAUUGUUUGACGUGGGCGGACAGCGCUCGGAGCGUAAGAAAUGGAUACACUGCUUCGAAGAUGUCACGGCGAUCAUUUUCUGCGUGGCCAUGUCCGAGUACGAUCAAGUCUUGCAUGAGGAUGAAACCACGAACCGCAUGCAAGAGUCGCUGAAACUGUUUGACUCGAUCUGUAACAACAAAUGGUUCACGGACACCUCGAUUAUUCUGUUCCUGAACAAGAAGGAUUUGUUCGAGGAGAAGAUUCGCAAGAGUCCCCUGACGAUUUGCUUCCCCGAAUACACAGGUGGACAGGAGUACGGCGAGGCGGCUGCUUACAUUCAGGCUCAAUUUGAAGCGAAAAACAAAUCAACCUCAAAAGAAAUCUACUGCCACAUGACGUGUGCCACAGAUACCAAUAACAUUCAGUUUGUAUUCGAUGCUGUCACCGAUGUCAUCAUAGCAAACAACUUGCGCGGCUGUGGACUGUACUAAGAUGGAUUCCAGGCCGGAUCCCGACGAUGUCGACGUCCGAGUCGAUGUUGAUGAUGAUGACGAUUAUGUGGAGCAGAAUGGGGGCGUUAGCAGGGAACACCGUAACGGUAUUAAAGAGCAGCGCGGGAGCACAACAACCCACCAGCAUUGAUCAAAAACCAAACAAUUUAGGAGCAGAUGAUAGAACCAACCAACCAACCGCAACCACACAGAAAACAUAGGACACUGAACAAGCAAAGCCCAAAGAACUUUUAUUUGUUUAACAAAAAAACGGCGGACGGACGGAAAUCCCGAAUGGAUGUUAUAGGGGAAAUGAGCGACAAGUACAUUACAUAAUAUCGAUAAUAUUGAAGCAGAUGCAGAUGCAGAUACACACAAUGCUAAUGAUGAUCAGGGCGACAAUGACAAAAUGAGGCAGCAGGCAACUGACACAUGGACACGCGAUUAAAGUCACAUCUGAAUAAAAAGGCAGUUGAUUGAAAGGCAUUUCCUAUAUACAAACAUAUACAAACACAUACAUAUGCAUUAUGCAAAAGCCACAUGUACGACAUGACACUAACACACUCACACGACAAACACAAGCGCCAGCAUUGCAUACAGUUGUUGUUUGGUCUGAAUAAUUUUUAUAGAAUUUCAUAAUUUAUGUGUAGUUUAGUUUCCUCAUGUAUUUAUUAAAACAAAAACCAAACGAGCGUAUAUCUACAUAUACCGCAUAUAUAUAUACAUACACUUCUAUACAUAUAUAUAUAUACAUAUAUAUAAAUAUUAUAUAUUAAAUGUUUCCUGUUGCAAUCUCUCUUUAAAAUUAUUCAUGCCAUCAACGCUCUGCAUUUGUCAUGCUUGUUUAGACUUAAGUUCGAAAGUUUCAACAAAAUCCAGCGGCAAAGGAAAUAUCAAUAUUCAUUUGAUUGAGUGUCAGCGUGUGGUCUAAAGUAAAUAUAAAAUAACAAACCAAAAGGGAAAAAAAAACAAAUAAAAUGAAAUGAAAAGAUAAGAAACGAGGAAAGGAAAAAACACAAAAUAUGGAAAGCAAAAUCUUAAACGUUAAGUAAAAUUUAAAGAUAAAUGAAACGGAUAUAAAAUCUAUCUAUUGUAUUUACAAGAACAAAAACGAAGCAAAACUAAACUAAAAUCCAGAUAAGAGUCAAGUAAAGCAACGCGUAUGUGGCCACUUAACUAACUUAUGUAAAGAGCAGCAGUAGCAGCAGCCAUCGAUAAUUGAUUGAUAUACUUCAAUGUAAAUUGUACUUUGUUGAGUUUACGUGUAUAGGAGAAGUUUAGCUGGCAAACACACACACACGAACACAAGCGCAUACUGAACACAAACUAAAUAUAAUUUCCUUCACUUAUUGAGCUGAUUUGUUGUAACUUACAAUGAUUUGUGGCAUUUAUACGAGGAGCAGGGCAAAUCAGCGAUCAUCAAACACGCAAUUCAACUUUGGCGGCGCACAAAAGCAUGCUAUAUAUUUUUGCCAUAUCUACGCACACCCACACACACAAAAUAUGAAUCAAAAUGAAUGGAACGCAGAACUCAAAUCUCCCACAAUGAAACUAAGGAUUGUAUGUAAUAAUAUAAUAAUUUAUAAAUUCUACAUUUAAUGAUAAAAACAUCUUCAUACAUGUACCUAUGUAUGUGACUGUAUCUAGCGAAUGGCAUUUAACCCCCAGUAUGUUGAAUUGUUUGAUUAGACUUAUUAUUAUAAUUAUUAUGUAUAUGCUUUGUAUGUAUGUAUUUUGUGCAUUUUGAUUUUACAUAACGAUUUAGCUGCAAUGAAUUUAUAUUGUUAUUUUAAUAGUAUUUCUUUUGUAUCUGCCCAGUUCACUACUUCUCUCCUCCUCCUCCUUCUCCUUCUCCUCAUCCCUUGCGCAAAUAUCCUCACUUGUGCUCUUGCUCUAGUUGGACGGAAAUCCAUUUAUGUUUUAUAGUUUUUAAGCCUAAUUUAUGUAAACGCACACAAAAACACACACAACUUAAACAUCAACUAAGUAAGUUUAUUAGCGAAAUAAAUAUUAUUUAACAUUCAAAAAGAACAAAGAACAGAAGAGUAAGGACAAUUUGCGAAAACAAAAAGCGAAACGACAUCGUUUCGACUUUUAAUUGGCAACCCCAGCAGAUCCAGUGAAACUUUUCAAAAGUUGUGUUGGCCACAAAGUCCGUACAAUUCCAAGAUUUUAUAUACCGAUCAGCGAACAUUCACUUCUACGCAUUUACUUAGGUCAGCCAACACUUUCCCAUUUCCAUGACCCCACCCGACCUCUCUACUAUAUCCUGGCCCAAUCAAAUACUGUAAUAUUUAAUACGUAUGUAUUUCCAUUCAACUUGUAAAAUUCUACCAAAAAGAAAAAACAAAAACGCAAAAACCAUUUUCAAAUAAAACUAUUUAUUCAAAAACAAAAACCAACAGCCAUUUUGUUAUUUUCGUUAUUUGUUUCAUGAUUUCCUUACAGCCAGCAAGAGGUUUUGCAUGAAUUAGAUUACCUAUGUAGUUACUGCUGGCUUCGAAUUUGGGGUAAACAAAAUAAAACAAGUAAUAAACAGCAGACGAUCAGUGUAUAGUCACUUGACCAGUAAUGCAAAAGAUCAAGAACACGAGAGUUUAAUAAUUGUAUGUAACUAUAAAUAAAUACCAAAUCGAUAUAUUUAUUGACAAUUUAAUUAAGCCACAAACAAGAAAGUUAUUCAUUUACCUUCGAGACAAAAGUAAACAAGGUCGGUCUAUAUAUACAGAUAUAUAAAUUUAAAUAAAUAUAUUUAGUAAAGGGAGAACAACAAAUUGCUACAAACAAACAUACAUACAUAUGUACUAUAUUUUUCUCGUAAAUAAUUAUUAAUCGAAUACUCAUACGGUAGCGACUAUAAUUUACCUCCUCGAUGUCGCUCAACUUUCGAAUCAGCAGAGAUCGCCGAACUAAAUAACUAAUGAAAGCAGCAUUCAAGUAAUAGCAACAUUCGAUCAUAUAGUACAGCAUAGUGUUAACCGCAUUAUAUCGAAUAAACUUUUUCAUAUUUUCAAUACUAAAUGGAAUAGAACGGAACGGAAAUGGAAUCAAACAUAAUUCAUAUUUUUCUAAAGCUCAUACACCUCUUUGCUCCACACACACCCACAUAACUCAUAAAAUCGCAAGUCGCACCACUACUAAAAUUACUUUAAUAGCAGUUAAAACAUUUAUAAGUGAAAUCCAUAAAGAGCUAUAACAACGGUAAUGUUAAUUACUUCGAAUCAAAUGUCCGCGGACAUUCAGACACACGAUUUUUGUGAGUGGCGAAUACCAAACUUUGGGAUUUUAAGAGGAGCUGGAGGAAAGACGAGGUGGCCAGUGGAACCAAGAGUAUAGGUUAGACAAAGUUUAGACAUUGUAUCUAAUCUAAUUUGUAGCCUAAUUAUAAUUGCUUUGGUUGUCCCAUGCAACAGAUCAGAUUUGUUUAACUAUUUAUAUACUUACCUAUAUUAACGUAUGUGGAAAUAUAAUUCUCCUCAAUUCUUGAGCUCCUUUUCUCUCUCUAAUGACCACAUGGAUGAAGUGUAGCUAAUGGCCCAUGGAAAAAUUUUAAAAUGAGUUUGAGGCGAGCCACGGAAGCUAACUAAGCUCGAAACAUGAUGAAUGAAUUUGAAUCGUUGAAUUAAAAAUUUAAAAUAAUAUAUAAAACAUAAAAAUAAUGAUAUAAAAACUGAAGUAAACCGAAAUGUUUGUAUGUAAAAGAAACUCAAAACGUUAGAGAUCAUCUACAAUUUAAAUAAAUAUAAAUAAAACCAA